AGAGAGAGAGAGAGAGAGAGGGACAGCCGUUGUUUUCAUUUCUAGCUCUCUCUCUCCUUCCACCUGUUAUUGACAACCCUGUCUUGUCUUCUCCUCUUUUUCUCAAUCUUUUUCCUGUUGUUUUACUUGCUCCCACUGACAUCCUAGACUAAAUAAAAGACCAAGUCUUCCAAGUCCAAUUUCAAAAGAAAAACAAAGAGAGAGAAAGAGCACUGUAUAUCAUCUUUUUGAUCAUUGAUUGUUAAGUUGUACUGAGAAAAUGAACCAAGAAAUGAAUGGGGUUGACGCUGAUCAGGUUCAGAGGGUAGCUCAGGAGAUUAAUGGGCAAGAAAAGAUAGACUAUGUGUUCAAGGUGGUGGUUAUUGGAGACUCAGCAGUUGGGAAGACUCAGAUUCUGUCCAGGUUUACUAAGAAUGAGUUCUGCUUUGACUCCAAGUCCACAAUUGGGGUUGAGUUCCAGACUAGGACUGUCACCGUUAAAGGCAAACUCAUCAAAGCCCAGAUCUGGGAUACUGCUGGCCAAGAAAGGUAUAGAGCAGUAACAAGUGCAUACUAUAGAGGUGCAUUAGGGGCAAUGCUGGUGUAUGACAUUACCAAGAGGCAGACCUUUGAUCAUGUUGCUAGGUGGGUGGAGGAACUCCGGGCUCACGCUGACAAUUCGAUCGUGAUCAUGCUGGUUGGGAACAAAGCUGAUCUUGGGGAGCAGAGAGAUGUGCCCACAGAAGAUGCAGUUGAGUUUGCUGAGGAUCAAGGGCUGUUCUUCUCUGAGACAUCAGCCUUCAGUGGUGAGAAUGUGGACACUGCAUUCUUUAGUGUCCUAGAGAAGAUAUAUGGGGUGGUGUCUAAGAAGGCAUUGGAAUGUGGCAAUGGAAACAAAUCCAAUGGGGUUGAUCUUAAAGGAGCUAAAAUUGAUGUUAUUUCUGGGUCUGAGUUGGAAAUUAGUGAGAUGAAGAAAUUGUCUGCUUGCUCUUGUUGAUCUAAUUGUAUUACGUGAGGGGGUCAGUGGUAUAAUUUUUCAACUUGUUUACUGCCACAUCAAGGAUGAGCCAUUUAUGUUUUCUUUUCUUUCUUUUUUGAAUUUGUUUGGUUUUGAGUAACAAGUAAAAAAGAGGCUAAAGGCCUUGAAGGGAAAAAGUAAGUGUCAAAUUCUCAUUCCGAAAUGCGGAAUGUGGGGCAAGUAAUUUAUCACUGGAAUUAUAAGUCUUCUCGAUUGUAAUAUGAUUGUAAUUAUCAUGAUUGAUCUUUGAAUUUAAUUUUUCUUUA